AUGGCGCCCACCUCGCCCACUUUCUCUCCAGGCUACGAACCAGUCUCUCCAAUUGACAUCACUUCUGGUCCUUACCGCAAUCGCUCUGUAGGUUUCGACAACAGCGACGACGACAAGUCUCGACCCAAGGUCAUUACUCGCUCUCUUCGCACCGACUCGAGCUCAUCAACUACGCCGUCACUGAAGUCACCACGGAAGGCGCGCUUCGCUGAAGCAACUUCCGUCCUCUCGCCUGCCACUGGUCCUGGUGACUCUCGUUCGCCUUUUGCGGAUCCCAAGAUGGCAGAGGGCGGCCCCAAGCCAUCUGACGUCGGCUUUGGCUAUAUCGCCGACAGCCAACCCCGAGAACAGUUUGCGACAGUGCCAUCUGAGAAUGGCGCUCCACCUCUGAAAUCUGCCAUGAAGACCCCAGGCACGGGUGGCCGGCUGCUGAACCCUCUGAGCCCCACCUUCAAGGAGGAAAUGGACCUCGAGAAGCAGGAAGACAAAACCGACAAGGAGCAAGCCCGCGACUUGAAAGUCAAGACCAGAGUCCGGAUGGCCAAGAUGGUAUUGCGAGGCGUUAACUUUUCGUGCUCGCUGAUUGUGCUCGCUAUGCUGAGCACUGUUCUCACCAUCUUCCACGCAACGCGGUCUAUUCCGCCCAGGAACAACACGCCUGCAUGGGCACCCAACACUCCCAUCUGGCCACAGGUUGUUGUCCUCACAAUCGCCUGUGUCUCACUGCUCUUCGCGAUCAUUGUGCUGGCAGCAUAUUGCCGAGGUGGUCACAAGCGAGCUGAGAAGGUUGCUGUUUACUACACCAUGUUUGCACUUGGCUGGUUCAUCUUCAGUAUCGUCAUGUGGCUCGUUGGCGCAGGCAUUCUACAGGGCACGAAGUCCACCGGCGGCGGUCAAGAUCUCUGGGGAUGGUCAUGCAAGGACAACAAGCGACGAGAGCUGUUUGAACAGGACGUUCACUACGCACUUGUGUGCCGCCUGCAGGACUGGAGCUUGAUCUGCUGCAUCAUCGAGGUUAUUGUCGAGGUCAUCGUCAUCGCCAUCUACGGUAUUGUCUUCUACCGCUUCUGGUCGAAGAACAAGCUCAGGAAGAGCAUGGACGCCCGCGACCGAGCCCGAACGGAUUUGUAUCUUGCUCAGCUUCGCAGUCAGAGCGCCCCCAACACUCCCGGCUUCAUCAACACCCCGCGUGCUGAGAAGUUCCACUCUGCCGACACUCCCAGGACCCCGGGCUUCCCAAACCUGCGCAAGAAUGUCGACGAUGAAGAUGACGACUCGCCAACGCAGUAUGCACAGUCUUCUCAGGUCCAGCCACAAGCGGCGCAGCCAUUUAAGCUGCAAGCCCCUCCGACGAGGCACACCCCAAGAACACCACAAGAUGGCUUCGAGCCCACCACCUCAUCUCCUCCGCCUCCACCUCCGACAGUAUCGCCGCCGCCGGAGGAAAGGAUGAAUGAGCACGUUGCUGCCGCGCCAGGCGAGCAAGUCUACGAAUCUGUCGCCAUCCCGGGACAGUAUGACUCAUUCCAACGCCACCAGCAGGGCCCAGGACAUGCCUACUGA